UUAAUUACUUUUCAGUUCAAAAAAUCCUUGUUUCAGUAUCUAGUUCAAUCAAUUUUCAGUCAAUUUCAUUUAAUUUUCAUUCAUUCACUUUCGGACUUUCAGUUGCAUUUCAUUUGUAGUAUACUUUGCUUGUGUGGAAAUUGAUUGUUAUCUAAUAAUUCGUUUGAAUUAUAAAAUAAAAAUACGUGAUUAAUUGUAUAAUAUAAAUUAAAAUACUUAUUUUCUAUUAUGACUAAAUUUGUAAUUAAUUAGGGUGAACAAAAUAAUAAUCUGUAAGAGAAUAAGACUACUAAUUCAUGUUCCCUAGGAGGCUUCCCACUGAUCUGUCUUCAUACAUUCACACUAAAUGUCAGGGAAGGUAGUGAAGGAGAAUGUGCUCCCGCGGCCGCCGCUGUCGACGUGGUGGCUCGCGGCGGCGAUCGCGGCCACCGUCGGCGCCUACUACCUGGUGUUGCAGAUCGACCACGCGCUGCCGGAGCCCCUCACGCGAGACACCGCGCCGCCACACCGGUUCAUUGGGCAGAUCGCACACGAGCACCUCGUCAAUUUAACUUCCAUCGGGCCCAGGGUGGCGGGCAGCUACGAGAACGAGGUGGCGGCGGUGCGGCUGCUGGUGCAGGCGGUGCAGGACAUCGCGCGCACCGCCUCGCCGCACAACCGCGUCGACCUCGACCGUCAGACCGCCAGCGGCGCCUUCCCGCUCGCCUUCUUCGACGGGAUGAACAACGUGUACCACGACAUACAGAACGUGGUGGUGCGGGUGAGGGGCGUGGGCGGCGGCGGCGGCGGCGGCGGCGGGGGCGGGGGCGGCAAGCGGACCGCGCUGCUGCUCAACUGCCACUUCGACACCGUCGCCGGCAGCCCCGGCGCGAGCGACGACGGCGCGGGGUGCGCGGUGCUGCUGGAGACGCUGCGCGCGCUGGCCGCCACGCCGCGCCCGCUGCGCCACCACGUCGUGUUCCUCUUCAACGGCGCCGAGGAGAACAUCCUGCAGGGCUCGCACGCCUUCAUCACGCAGCACGAGUGGGCCAAGUCGGUGCGCGCGUUCAUCAACAUGGAGGCGUGCGGCGCGGGCGGCCGCGAGGUGCUGUUCCAGGCCGGCCCGCACGACCCCUGGAUCGUAGAGGUGUACGCGGCGGCGGUGCCGCACCCGUUCGCGUCGUCGGUCGCGCAGGAGAUGUUCGAGAGCGGCCUCAUCCCCGCCGACACGGACUUCCGCAUCUUCCGCGACUUCGGCAACCUUUCCGGCGUGGACCUGGCGUGGAGCGCCAACGGGUACGUGUACCACACGGCGCUGGACACGGCCGCGCGCGUGUCGCCCGCCGUGCUGCAGCGCGCCGGCGACAACGUGCUCGCGCUGCUGCACGGGCUGCUAGCGAGCGAGGAGCUGUUGAAGCCGGCGGAGAGCGCGGCGCGGCAGCCGGUGUUCUUCGACGUGCUCGGCGUGUUCGUGGUGGCGGUGCGCGCGCCGGCCGCCGCCGCGCUGGCCGCGCUCACGCUCGCGCUCGUCGUGCUCGACAUACACUGCAACGCCGUGCACGCCUCUAAGGAACUGUUCAUAAGCCGCGCGGCGUGGUGGCGCGUGGUGUGGGCGGCGGCGCGGCGCGGCGCGGUCGGCGCGGCGGCGGGCGUGGCGGCGGCGGCGGCGGCGGCGGCGCUGCUGCACGCCUGCUCCGCCGGCCUCGCCUACUACGCGCGGCCCUGGCUGCUCGUGCCGCUCUUCGCGCUGCCCGCGGUGGGCGCGGCGUGGCUGGUGGAGCUGCGGCGCGGCGCGGUCGGCGCGGUCGGCGCGGACGGCGCGGCGCGCGUGGCUCGCGGCUGGUGGGCGGCGCGCGCGCGCCACGACGCGGCGGCGGCGAGCGCGGCCGCGGCGUGCGCGGCGGCGGCCGCGGCCGGCCUGCGCUCGGGCUUCCUGCCGCUGCUGUGGGCGCUGCCCGCCGCCGCCGCCGACCUGGCCGCCACGGCGGCGCGGGCGCGGCCGCCCGCCCGCGCCGCCUGCUGGGCGGCGGCGGCGCUGCUGCCGCUGCUGCAGUCGUGCUACCUGGCGGCCGGCUCGCUCGCCACGCUCGUGCCGAUCGCCGGUCGCGCCGGCUCGCCGCCGCUGCCCGCCGACGUGCUGAUAGGUGUGGUGGUGGCGGCGCUCGUGCUCAUCAUCACCAGCUGGCUGCUGCCGCUUAUCCUCGUCACGGAGCACCCACGUGUACUGGCGUGGGCGGCGGUGUGCGUGGGCGGCGGCGCGGCGGCGCUGGUGGCGGCGGGCGCGCUGUACGCGCCGUACUCGGCGGCGCGGCCGCAGCGGCUCAUGGUGUUCCACACGCGGCGCACGCUGCACGCGCCCGCCGCCGCCGCCGCCGCCGCCGCCGCCGCUACUGUGGAGCACUACUACUGGGUGCCCGAGCUGGACGCCAACACGCGGCGCACGCUGGCCGCGCACGCGGCGGCGGCGGCGGCGGGCGGCGGGUGGCACGCCAGCCCGGCGCGACAGGAGUGCGCGCGCUGGGUGUACUGCGGCGCGCCGUACGUGCUGCCCGUGCGCGCGCUCGUGCCCGCCGGACACGCGCGCCCCGCGCCCGCCCGCCCGCCCGCCGCCGCCGUCGCCGCCGCCGCCACGCCCGCGCCAGCUCACCACGGGGACUACCACCUGCACGUCAACGUCUCCGGCGCGGCGCACGCGGUGGUGAUCGUGUCGCCGGCGGAGGAGGCGCGGCUGCUGUGGUCGGACGCGGUGGCGGCGCCGCUGGCGGCGGCGGCGUGGGGCGCGCGCCGCACGUACUUCUUCGCGCUGCACUCGGCGCGCGGCGCGCCGCUGUCGCUGCGGCUGUCGGUGCGCGGCGCCGCCGGCUCCACGCAGCUGUCGGUGGCGGCGCACGCCGUCGGCGCCGCGCCGCCGCCCGCGCUGGCGCGCCUGCUGGCCGCGCUGCCCGCCUGGACCGCGCCCGUCGGCUGGCACGUCGACCUGCACCUCUUCCAGCUCUAGCCGGCCUGCUAGCGAGCCUGCGUCGCUCCUACGCCGAUGUAAAGAGUCCACUCGAUUGGGAGGAGCCGCCGACGGCGAGCGAAAUUCCCCGUCGCCUGCGUCGGAAAUUUACCGCGAACUAUCUAUUUGUAUAAUUGUAACGAACAAACA